GUGUCUGGCUUCGAUAGGUCUCUCCUUCGAAACAAACUGAAACCAAAGGCGUCUUUGGUCUCUCUGGAGCAUGAACGAGGUCUGAAUAGUCGAGGUAAGCUUCGUGAGGCCGCAUGGAUCUACCUUUAGUCACCGAUUGCGCUUGGAUAUGAGUCAGAUCUGAGAUCUGAGUCUCGCCGGAAUGCACGACGCGACGCUGCUGUCACCGCUUCUGCCUCAUCGUCUCACUCCAGUCGGUCUCCUCUUCUGUGUAGUUCCAAGGUUGUUGUAGAGCUUCUCAUCUCUUUAUUGAGUGAAAGGUGGAUGUGAGGCGCUCCACCGAGAACCUCUUUUCUUAGUUCAAAGGACUACAACCGUGGGGCUCGUUGGUAAUCGAUUGGCUUCUCCUUCUUGCUCCUGACGCCGUUUUACUUGGAUUUUGACGACAUCCCGCUGUGAAGGCAUCUCCCGCAUUAAGGCAGAGCUCUCUCUUGCCGAUUUGAGUCGCUUGUUUUUGAGGAGUCAUGACUCCUCAUGCGCUCCAUUUCCCUUGUUCCAUAGCUCUUGACUCCUAUGCUAGUAUACUAGAAGUAACUUUUAAUCUAUUCUGCACGAUUGUCAGGGGUAUGAUAUGCAUUGGGUUGCAGAGAUUCCAGAAAACAUUUGAACUUCUUUAUAAUGACAUUCUGUUUACUUUUUUCACAUGUUUUAAGUCAUCAUGGACUUUUGCUUUUGUUUUAAACUUGAUCGAAGUGCUUUUUCUCAGGUUGUCACUGCUCCAAUGCAUGUUGUCAACGCCAUACCUCUCGAGACGUACAAAAAGUAAAUACUGGUGACUCUCAUUCACUCUGGACAGUUUACAAUCAGUCUCCCCAAGUGCGCUUCUACAACAACUAAGAGUAGCUUCAAAACCUGGUGUACACCUUACAUUGAUGUGGGUAUGCGUUACAACGACGGGAAGAUCAGUGAACUAGAGGCAGUUGUUUUGGCCAACAGCUCAGAGUUUGAAAAGGACAAUAACCUUGGAUUAGUUAAGCAAGCAGUGUCAUCCCUUUACAAACGGAACAUUCGGAGGUUGACUCAGAAGUACUUGACCUUGUCGCUUCAAGAUAUAGCCAACAUGGUCCAACUUGGCGGAAAUGCAUGUGCUCCAGAUCAUCCAGGAUGGUCAGAUACACGCCCUUAUCAACCAGAAAGUUGGAAUGGUCAGAUUCUUGGAGGACCCUGAGCAGUACAAAACCAGUGAGAUGAUAGAGAUAAUGGAUUCUGUCAUUCAAAGGACGAUUGGGCUGUCGAAGAAUCUCAUAGCCAUGGAUGAGAGCUUGUCAUGUGAUCCUUUAUACUUGGGAAAGGUUGGAAAGGAAAGACAAAGGUAUGACUUUGGAGACGAUUUUGAUACUGUCCCUCAGAAGUUCUCCAUGUAAAACCUGAAGGAACUAAACUUGGCUGAAAAACAACCGUAGUUGUGAAUCUGGACAUCGUUUCUUUGUUCCUUUGUGUUGGUUAUGAAGUUUCAUAUUUUUUUUUAUCACAAUGGCCAACAAGUAGAGAACAUUUUGAACCGCCGCUAAUCUUUAUCAUUACUUAAAAAUGCGAUUAGUUAUCUCUUUUGCUAAACUGCA